ACAUUGCCUUAUAGUAUUUUGUACACAAGGUCCCACAGGGAAAUCUCACUUCUUAUUUUCUUCCUUUCUCUUACGCCGCCGCUUGCGGCCGUUGGUCGAUGGACGUGGGACAAUGGCUACAACCCAUCAAUUCCCUCCUACCUAACCUUCUUCUUGACCCGAUUGUAUUUCAUCAGCAGCGAAAAAGUCCCCAUUUUUAUGUAUAGUGAAGAAUUUUCGGCCCUUAUAAGAGAGGAAUCUCCAUCCUUCGUCUCUUCUCUCUCGAUUCGGUUUCGGUUUGAUUUCAAAUUUGCGAACUCAGCCAUGGCUCCCAGCAAGCCCCAUUCCACUGUUGCUUCUGGUGAUGCCAAUGUCCCAUGCUCACGUCCUGAAAACGGAGUCAGCGAAUUUAGUGAUUCACUGUCGCUGUUCCAUUCGGAGAAGGCAGUGCAGGAGCUUCUUCAGCAGACUCCAAUCCUAGGCACUGAUGAUCAUCUUAUAGAGUUUUCUGAGGCUCUAAGAACUGUUGCGAAGGCAUUGAGACGAGCAGCUGAAGGAAAGGCUUCAGCUCAGGCCGAAGCUGCUGAAUGGAAGCGUCGAUAUGAACUGGAGAUGGCUCGUAAUCAUAAAGGUUUUUUGAAUGAAACAUCUCACCGGGAGCAGUAUAAUGAUAUUGAUUGUCAAAGACCAGAAACCUCAACCAACCUAUCUGGAACAGGAAAUCAGACAAACGGAAAAUCUGAAGACUUCUUGGUAAAUGGUAUUUGCUCUCACCAAAUUCUACAGGAUGGAGCGGCCAGCCCUGAAGCAAAAGCAGUUCAAAACAGAAUGAUGAGAAAGAAGAUACCUAAUUCAGUCGUCCAAAUUUCUACCCUGAAACAGGCAUCUUUCAAGCUUUCCUGGUGGUGCAAGGGGGAUAAUGGCGAUCAGCACAAACACGAUAUUGUAUCAUUUGAAAAAGGAAACAUCACAACUGCAGGGCGCACCAGUAAGCAGAUUUCUUUGAAGUGGGAGUCCAACCCACAGACUGUGCUUAUUUUGACCAAACCAAAUUCGGUUUCUGUUCGCAUUCUAUGUGCACAAAUGGUCAGAUGGUUGAAAGAGCAUCAGAAGUUGAAUAUUUUUGUCGAACCACGAGUGAUCUCUGAACUUCUGGCUGAAUCAUCUUAUUUCAGCUUCGUGCAGACUUGGAAAGAUGAUUCAGAAAUUUCACGCCUGCACUCAAAGGUUGACCUUGUGGUAACUCUUGGUGGCGAUGGCACUGUUCUUUGGGCUGCGUCAAUGUUCAAAGGACCAGUCCCUCCUAUCGUCCCAUUCUCUUUAGGCUCUCUUGGCUUCAUGACACCAUUCCAUAGUGAGCACUACAGGGAUUGCCUAGAUUCUAUUCUGAGGGGUCCAGUCAGCAUAACACUGCGGCACAGGCUGCAGUGCUACGUCAUUAGAGAUGCAGCUAAGAACGAGUACGAGACUGAGGAACCGAUACUCGUGCUUAACGAGGUAACAAUUGACCGCGGGAUAUCGUCGUACCUUACGAAUCUGGAAUGCUACUGUGACAACUCAUUUGUCACGACUGUUCAAGGAGACGGUUUGAUUUUAUCCACUACAUCUGGAAGCACUGCAUACUCGUUGGCAGCUGGAGGAUCAAUGGUUCACCCACAGGUGCCUGGGAUUCUGUUCACACCAAUUUGCCCGCAUUCCUUGUCAUUUCGGCCUCUGAUACUUCCAGAGAACGUCACUGUACGAGUGCAAGUUCCUUUCAAUAGCAGGAGCCCUGCUUGGGCAUCCUUUGAUGGGAAGGACAGGAAACAGCUGGCAGCUGGCGAUGCUCUUGUGUGCAGCAUGGCGCCCUGGCCUGUCCCCACUGCCUGUUCCGCGGAUUCCAUGGGAGACUUCCUUCGCAGCAUCCAUGAGGGACUCCAUUGGAACUUGAGAAAAACUCAGUCUUUCGAUGGGCCACGGGAAUCAUGAGAUCAGUAAGUUAGUUAAAUGUUCGAUAUUUUUAAUUAUCAUGAUUAUGAUGAUGAAAAGAAUGUAGGAGGAAAUGAGACUUGAUAUACAUCAGGAUAUCGAACUGGCGACUGGAUUUGUUAGGUCUGUAAUGUAGAGAAUAGAGCUUACAGUUUAUUAAAAUACGUAGAAUUGUAACGUAGAGAGGAAGCGAAAUAAGAUUGAUAUUUGGAUUUCAUACAUCUUGUGUAUGGAAACUCCUUUGCAGCAAUUCAUCCUGUUUUCAAGGUCUCGAUUUCGGAACGCUUCUGCAGUCCGGUGUUGUGGCCGAUUUGGGAAAUUGUACUUUGUUGAGAUGGAAUAUUUGCAUAUGAACAAUCCUAUUGAGAAGCUUUUGUCUGUGAGAUUGGUAUGGUUGUUGGAUAUGCAAACAUUCUCCCUUUUGCACUCUUCCAUUAAAGUCUUUACCUUUUCUUUUGCAUCAGUUUGAGCCAAGUUGAGCAUAUUAUUAUCCAACAUGGGCAUGUGUGUACCAUGAGAUAGGUGAAACUAAGGAUGGUUCUUUUCUGCACAUGCAUUCCUUGCAAAAGGGUCAAACAGAACCCUUCGUUGUCAUGCAAAGGAAAAAGACCAGAAGACUCGGUCCAGUUUCCAGUAAGGAAAAAAUGACCUGGAUCUGAGCUAUGAAAAGUCUGGAUUCAGAAAUGACAUUGGGACGGGUCGUAAAUAUUGUCCUUUG